AUGAAAGUCUUUAAAGAGUCUGCUCAGUGCUUGUGGCCGAUCCUUGCUCGUGUUAACCACCCCGUUGUUGGGCAGCCCUUUGUCGUUGGGGUGUUCUGCGGUUUUGGUAAACCCGAACCGUUGGAAGACUUUCUGGGCGAUUGUGUUAGUGAACUGAAUGGCCUUGUCACCACGGGCCUGCGCGAUCCACGUACAGAAAAUGUCAUCAAAGUGGAUUUGCUCAAUGUGAUUUGUGACACCCCAGCCCGCUGUUGUGUACGACAAGUGAAGGCCCACAAUGGCUACUAUGGAUGCAACAGGUACGCUAUUUUGUAUUUGCAAUCGUAACUGCUGUAGAUGCUGUCACAAAGGGAAGCAUAUUGCGAAUCGCAUAACAUUCCCGCAGUACAGUGGCCGUCUGCGUGAUGACAGGUAGUUUAGUUUGCAAAAUCAGGGACCGCAUCGUAAUGGCAGAUCUCCCUUCGAGGAUUUGCCCAUCGACAUGGUUUCCUGUUUCCCAAUUGACUACAUGCACCAAGUCAGUAGGUAGGGGCAACAGGAUCAGGUGUGCUACCAUGUUAUGUAACACUAAUUUUCCUUUGCAGACAUAUUCGCAAACUAAACUCAGACUCCGACGACGAGGACUCGCCAAACCAACCGAAAGAGCCAACUGGUUGGCCAGCUCCACCACCAAUACUACAGUAAGUAUGACUAUUGUAGACAGUUCGUAGGCCAAGAACGGAUGAGAAUUUGCCACACUUGUUUUCCACUUCGUCGAUUGGACCCAGUCAGUCAACACCACUGUCCUCACUUGAGUAGACAACGCUUAUCAUUUAUUACUUUAGACACUCCACGACAAUUUCUUCAUAUGGUUCCACGGCCACAAUUUCGACGGAAUUUAGCCAGCAGGUGCAAAAGGACAUGGCUGACAUAAAAGGUCAGUUAAUAAACACAAAUGUCGGGCUAGUGGCACUUGAGUAAGACAGUGAAACAAUCUCCCUAACAAACUAUUAGGAAAAGGAACGAUUUCCUAGCUGAGCAACUUAUGGCUCUUCAUAGCAGUGCGCAGCAGAUGCAGGCAACACUAUCAGAUGUUGUCAAUGCAUUGCAGAGAGCCUCCGGCGCCGGAUCUGUCACGUCCUCCUCCCUAAAUUUAUCGCUGUGUACCGAGGAGGCAUAUGAAAACUUUCUUCGUCGGCUCAGCGUAGACGACGGUUUUGCAAACGAGGCGGUAUGUGCACAUAAAUAAAUAAAUAAUUUUUCAUUAAAGACCCGUCAGGGUCCCAUCAAAGAAAGUUAAAAUGAAUUUACAUGUGAGUUUUAGACGAGGAAGGCUGAAUCUUUACAAAAUGCAAUUCAUAGUUUCUGAAUUAGUAGUCCAUUGAGAAACAUGAUGAUUGAGGGGUGAAAAAAAACUCCUUACAAAAAGUUAAAAAUGAUUGGAUUAAUUUUACAGGAGAAAAAAAACCCCCAAUAAAAAUAGUGACAGAAAAAAUCGAGCAGGACUGGCCUGUAGGUGGCGGUAUACAACGGAUUGUUGUCGGUCAUCGUCAGGGUAGCAAUAAAUGUCAGCCUUGAGGGGUACGUAUGCGGGUCAGACAGGACUGGCCUGCAUGUGGCAUUGUAUACGGGAUUCGCAAUUGAGAUCGUGUGGGCCGGAUUGAUACACCGCAUGAGACUAUUCGCGUCAAAGAGGCCAGACGAGAGGGUCGGCUACAGCACGCUUCGAGCUCAGCCGAGCAAUGGGGAAGGGAGGUACGACCAAACUGCUAGCAGACGGUGAAUACUGUGGGUUCCGCCGUGAGCGUCAACAGACCGCAUGAGGUCGGAAUGCGGGAGAUGACAUCAAAAACCGCGAAAAUUUUGGCUAUGCGGGAGGAGUGAUAGCAGUGGAUUUAGAAACCAAUUCAAAACAGGGGUUUCUAAUGGUAUAAUUAAGAGUUAACACUUGAUCUACCAAUAAAUCCCAGGAGGACCCUUCUCGAAGUCAAGAAUAUGAGUGUUCGGGAAUGAGACCGCCAACAGAGCCUCUAUACUUUCCGGUGUAAGAUGUUUGCGUAUUUUCGAAUUUGAUACCCGUAACUUAGGCGAUAGUCUAAUUUCAGGCGGAAGAUUAUUCCAAAGGAAGGCAUAUUUGAAAGCAAAGAAGAGACAGCGCUAAGAUGUAAUGCAAAGAGGCGAUGGAAUCACCAUACCGGAGUUGCGCGUGGCAUAAGACCGAUCUCUCGGAGUGAGAGUGUCAAUGAGCAGAAGACUGAAUCUAGAUUUGAUGCGAAAAGGAAGCAAAGGCCGGCAUCGAGUCUUCUAACCCACAAAAACUUAAUGUUCGCCAGCUGACAUCUCUGAGUAUAAGAAAUACUGGACGAAGUUUCAGAGAACAGUUUCCGUGUGAAAACCCUCUGAAAAUUUUCGAUUUUAUUACGGUCGCAGGCGUUCAUUAAACCGAAGAAAGGACAACGGUAUUCGAGGACUGGAAGAACAAACAUUUGAUAAAUUCUUAGCUUUAUUUCCGGAAGGAAAAAAUUAUGCGAUAUGAAUCCACAUAUCUGCGCGGCUUUGGCAGAGAUUCUAUCUGCAUGAGGUGAUAAAGCAAGCUUAUUUGUAUAACUUAGACCUAGGUCCUUUAUGGUGAGGCAUUCUGAGAGUGGGUUAUUCUGAAAAAUUAUGGGACCAGGAAGUUUGGUAGGACCAAAAGACAUGAAACUACACUUGGAUGAUGAAAACUCCAUCUGCCAUGUCGAACCCCAUCUGCUUAAGCUUAGUAAAUGGGCGUUAAUUUUUUCACCAAAAACGUUUGCGGUGUCCUUAGAAUAUGAGUAAACACGCCUGAGGUCAACGGCAUAACUAAAAGUUUGCAAAUUUCCGAGUUCAGUCGAAAUAUCAUUGAUGUACAAAAGGAAGAGUAGCGGACCCAGGACCGUGCCUUGAAGUACGCCACUCGUGAUCGAGUGGGGUUUCGAGUAGCUAUUACCGACCAUGACUUUCUGAUAUCGGGUGGACAGAUAGGACCUGAUGAAGUCGAGUAGAGGCGGCCGGAUGCCAAGAGCUUCCAAUUUUACUAAAAGACGUCUAUGGGCACCUUGUCAAAGGCUUUGCUAAGAUCGAAGUAAAUAACUACCACUGACUGCCGCUCAUUACGAAGAGAAGUGAUUAGAUUAAGAUCCGGCAACUGGCCAUGGUAGGUGGUCGAAAUGAGGAAGACUUCCUCAGAAACCUACUGACGGUUCUAUUGGGCCCGCCCUCAUGCCACAACUUCUGUUGGGCGGGCGGAUCCAAGGAGAAGAAGUCCUUCAUGGCCUGUCCACUUUUUCCUGUCCUUAAAGGUAAGUGCAAUUUUUGUUUAUUUUCACGCGCAGAUGCCAUUGCCUAACAUCCUCGUUUUGGCAACUGCACUAUAGAGAUAUUUCGACGGACAGAAAUCAGGUGUUUUCAUGGAUCACAGGAUCGGGACGGAGGAAGAUCGACACGUCGGCGGAACAUUCGUCAGGCACAAACUUUCGGGAUUUUCAUCCACAUUUAUUUAGACUACAGAAAUCACCAUAACUGCCGCCACAUGCCCACAAUUAUCCCCCGCCAAAGAACCGGUAAGCAAAUUUAUCGAAUUGCCAAUCCUACACAGCAUGCUAUUUACUCCAUGUGAUUUUUACUAUUAAAAUUGUACGUAUUGGAUACAGUGUAUCAUUACCUCCGUUGCGCCUGCAUUACGGAUGUCUUACGAAAGUUUUUUUAUGCAGGAAUAUCAAUGGCCAGUGAAAGUGACUUCUCAUCCUGGAUACGAAGGUCGCUGAAACCCCCAUGAUCCAAGACAGACUUUGUACAUUUACAUUUUUUGACUUACGUAUUCAAUAAAUCGUCCUUCCACAAUACGGCCUUCCGACUUUACCAUCUUCGGUAUCCGCGUUUGCCCUGUAGUGGGCCACAUACCGCCGUGGCCUAUCUUGCUUGGGACGUGGAGGUUCGCUGUCACUCGUUUCGGGAUUUUACGCUAGGCGACCAUUCGUCAUUGUUGGCGUUUACGGCCAAAAAAAUCGAGGCCGCGAUGAAUGGAAAAAACGAGAAAAAGUCCGCACGCAAUUUUUUUUCAAGGUGUGGUCAAGUGUGGCCAAGUGUUGAUGGCCACACCAUAGCCACACCAUUUGGCCACACCUGGCCGCACCAUAGCCGCACUUGGCCACACCAUAUUCGCCUCGGCCAAGUGAGGCUGGUGCUGACAGGGAAGGUACCAUAACCCACUAGGCAUGUGCACGAAUGUUGAUGUUCAUUCACAAUGUUACGCUAGUGCCGCAAAAUUUUCACAUAAAUGUGGAAGUAGCACUUAUAACCGGAACCGGAGUGAAUACACCCCUCCAUAGAAUGAUGAAAACUACCAAACGACACAGAAAAUGAACCGUGAUAGCCAUUCAGAGAUAAAGUCAUACGGAUCAGCGUGUAACUCAGCAGCCAAGUGACACUAAAUUUUUUAUGGUUUCGUUGGGACGAAGUCGAUUCGACUGUUGGGUCAUUGAUUAAGCGCUCAUAAGCGUCUGACAUGUGCGCACUGAAAGCCUCAUAUGUAACAGUCACAAUAGGUGAAUCUGUCAGCGAUGGAGGACAAGACGAAUAUACUUCUGUUAAUUAAUUUUCAGAAAUCGAUUAUUAUACGCGUUUUGUUAACACAUUCUCGAUGGUUGUGAAUGCUGUUCCUGAGAAAGGCUAGAGUAGGACAUUUAUGAUGUGCAUUAUUUUCCAGCAUGGUGAUACACGCCAUAUGCAAGGCCAUCUUCAGAGACAGCGAGACCUCUAGUAAGUACAUUAAGUCGUCGGAAGUGUUGGUUACGACAUUCAAGCAGCUCAUUUAUAAGUCGUCGGAAUACGCGAUUAUUGAAGAGAAUACUUAGUCCCUUAUUUCAGCCGUAGCAAAAUUAUAUGACAAAGGUUAGAAAUUACUUCAACAAUACUCACAUGCAAGUCUUCCUCGCAUCACAUUUCUACGUUUUAUAUUUUUUUCGCUCAUGAGUACACUCCAACAUUGACGACUUUUUGAAGUCCAAAUACCACUGAUUCUGUCAUGACACUUUUAAGAUUGUGUUUUGAAAUUCCGUCAAUUAUUCUCUUUUUGGUUGUACUCACCUGAUUUUAUUCAGCCAAAGCAACGGUUUACUGAUGCCCAGGACCGUAGAAAUCUUAGCCGAAAUUUUUAAAUCCAUGACUGAUCCCCGUAAUAACUCUGACCCGUCAAAGAAACUUUGUAGGAAGUUCGGGAGUUUGUAAAGUCCGUUCAAACAAAAGCGGGUGGAUAUCCCUUAAGACAUCGAAAAUAUAGAACAAAGAUCACUAUCCUCGUCAUCCUAUAGUUUUAGUUUUCUGAAAUGGACCCACAAAUUGUGAAAAUUCGUCUUGGAUAGCCCACUGAGACACGAUGUCGGGCUUAGUCCCACGGUUUGUCCGCAGUGCUAGGAGGCCAGUUUUUCAUCGCAAUCCACGAAUCUUCCCUCCAUCUAAAAGUAUCCUUAUACUUGAACGUCAUUUUCAGGCAAACUGCUGCGCGUUAGACAACCAACACCCAUCGAUCCCGUCGAGGAUGAGCUUCUUCAGAAAUGGUGGUCGGAUUACAAGCUGCAGACCGUGGCCAUAAAGUAUGCUGCACUUUGACCAAAAAUAUUCCCAGAAAUCUUCUUCGAACCACAUUUGCAUUAAAAUCUCCAGAUUCCCGCCAGGAAACUGUUUCGGAGCAGGCGUUUGACCCUUCGUUGGUUUUAAUAAACGACGAAUGGAACCGUGAGACUAAAAAGCUGCGUGAAGAAUAUUUCGUUUCGCAUUUUUCUGAAAAGAUAAUGGAGCAUCUUACCCGUCGACAGGAAUAUGAUGAUAGGGAAAAAGCGCGCGUUGAGAAACUCAAAGCAAAGUUCCUCUCCAUGCUCGUAAGUUGUUCUUGCCGACCUACAUUACCCGGAAUCGUCAUGCACUUCGGUGGAUUUUGAAAACUUUUAAAUGCCUAGAUAGUCAAGUAAUGUUUUUGUGCCUUUUUUACUCUGCACCUAUGUUGAUUCUGCCUAUUUUGCAUUAUAGGAAGAGCCAGACCGUAUGGUUACCAUCGAAAAUAUUGACUCCAGAUUAGACGAAGUCAUGAACUCCCAACCCCUGGACUUCAAUUAUGCCGUUGAUAGCUCUGGGAGACCCCUUAAACACUUGAAGGCAUCCGCGGACAGCCAGAGCCCCUGA